AUGCGACCCAACCAAUACGGCUCUCAGCGAGCUACCGGAACCCUUGAAACCCUCGAAGCCCUCGAAGCCCUCGAAGCCCCAAGGAAACAUCAUCCCCAGAAGAGAAGAAGGACUACUGGGAGCCAGCGCGAAAAGUUAGAGGGACAGAACUCCAAAGGACAUUCCAAAGAGGGGGCUCCUAAAGAACAGGCCACAAAAGAGGCUCCAGUGGUCGAUCCGGCCGCUCGUUGGGCUGAGCUGGAAAAGAAGCAAGCCGACAAAGCAAAAGAACAACACAAGGAAAACCGUCGAAAAAUUGAACAGAGCAGAAUAUAUCUUCAUGAGGUGUUGGCUCUCGACCGCAAAGACGGCUACGCACAACAAUUCUGGGGUGACCUUGCAAGUAGCAUCAAGUGCCUCGCAGACGAAUCUCGCUUUUGGGGCAAGCCCUGGGACAGCCUCGGAGAGGACCUCCAACAGAAGUUCCUUGGAUAUGCCCCUAACAUAGAAGAACUUUUUGAUGUGCCCGACAUGGCUCCCCUUGUAUUCCAACGAUGGCUCUGGGAGGUUAUCGAUGAGAACUUCUUCUCAAAGAAGAGUAAGGAUAUAGUUUGGGCUUCACCUUACUGGGAGGCUCAAGGAACCUUGGAGCGCUACUUGCAAGAACACGACUUCUCCUACGAUGAUGUAAUUGCGUCUCACAUGUUCCCACACUGGAGAUACACCACGAUGCAGUUCUACAUGUCACUCAAAGACUCGCCACGGAAAAGUCAAAGGAUUGAUCCAGCCCGUGUGGUCCCGAUCACUGCCAGAGCAAUUGGUCAGUACUUCCCACAGGAGCCCGAAGAGGAAUCCAUGAAAAACGAUUAUUAA